AACUCAUACCGCAUUUUAUUUAUCAUCCCAUCAAUUUCUGCUCUCUGAACCAGAAAAUAAAAAAACAGAAAGCAUAAUGGCAGGAAAGAAUGAAUCAGUAAUGUUAUUAGCAACAAUGGUGAUUAUGGCUGCAAGUAUUGGUAUUAGUUCAGCAGCAACAUACACUGUUGGUGGUAACACUGGAUGGAAAAUUCCUCCACAACCUAAUUUUUACUCUAAUUGGGCUUCUCAACAAACCUUUCAAGUUGGUGAUGUUCUUGUAUUUAAUUUCCCGGCUGGAGCACAUACAGUAGCCGAAGUAUCCAAAGCAAACUUUGAUUCAUGUGGCACCGCCAACACCAUUGGCGCACCCAAAACAACCUCCCCCGCCAGCGUCAACCUCACUAAGGCUGGUACCCAAUACUUCAUCUGCACCGUCAAUGGACAUUGCGGUGCCAACCAGAAGCUCGCCAUCACAGUCACUGGUCCAUCAUCUGCACCCACCGCUUCACCCACCCCACCUGGUGGUGCAUCAACACCCUCCGCCUCCAGCCCAACCAUCCCAGCUGGUGGCUCCGCACCAACCGGAAACCCAGUCGCUGAAGUUCCAUCAAGUACUACAGCCCCACCACCUGAUGGCAAUUUUGGUGCCUCCACCAGUGUUGGAUUGUUGAGCUUGGUCUCAGUUGCUGUUGCAGCUUUGAUGGCUUCUAAAUCAUUUUGAUAGCAUUCAUGUUGGCUUUCGAUGUAUUCGUGAGGUUUAUAUAUGAGUAUUGCCUAUAUAUAUAUAUAUUUUUUGUAGCUGUUGUAUAAAUUAUAAUAAGGCUGAUUUUAAAUCCAGCUUUUCUGUAUUUGUAUUCGGUCUACAUAAAUACUUUAUCCGUUCCCAAUUACUUCAUACAUUUUGGUUAUGAACAGACUAUUUAUUCAAGUUUAUUUUACAUUUUAAUGUUAACAUAUUAAGUAAAAAU